AUGAGCUCCGACGAGUCCCCUCCCGGCGGUCUUGGCGCGCCCGAGUACAGCAAUGACCUCAAGCCUGUUCUGUCACCUAUUUUGCCCGCCUCGCCUUCAUCCUCCAACAAGCCCGAUUUCAUACCGCUCGUUACCGUUGUCGGAUUCCACCAUGCCAGAGGCCCUGAGGUAGAGAAUUGGUUUGGCGUGGAAGAGGGGACUGAUCCAGCGGUCGACUAUGGCUGGCCUUUGUUACCUUUUAUGGCCCUGAGCGAUGGUGCGCACGCAUCAGAAGAGGACUUUUCCUACUUUACACUCCUUCGUCCAGCAACGGACACGAAGCCGGCUACGUCACUUUUUGGAAUAUCCUGUACUCGACAGCUCGACUCAACCCAACUCAUCAACCGUCCUGCCGAUGUCACACGCUCCACUGUACAGAAAGCUGUUGUGGUCAUUGCCGACAGCCCACAGUUCUUUGGCAUGCUUCGUGAGCGUCUGAGUAUCGUGACACAGGCUUGGUUCGCCCAACGCGAGUUCACUGAUGUCGAGAUCCUCCGCAGGUUCCAGGAGAGCCUCGCUGAUGAGAAGACUAAGGGUGUGCUCAAUGACCAGGUAGAUCGAGACCAGUACCUCGGCAUGAGUCUACGUGAGUUGAUUCACGAGUACAAAUGGCAAACGCUGGUUCUCUUGAAGUGCUGUCUUCUUCAGCCAAAGAUGCUUUUCUUUGGCUCGAGGUGUGAUAAGUUGUGCAUGAUGCAGUUUUCUCUUUUGUCCUUGAUACCCGGCCUCAUUCGCAACCUACAAGACAGCGCAGACCCCGAACUAAACAGCUAUGAGACAAGUUUGACAAAGCCUACCAGUUUGCGAACUAGUGAUCGCAACUCUUUGCUAUGCUACAUGGGCCUUCCGCUUCAGAUAUUUGGCAAGGGAAGCUUAUUUGGGCCUUAUACACCCUUACAGCAACUCGACAUCCUGGCCGACUUUGGAACAAAAUCCUAUAUCGUCGGUAGCACAAACUCACUCUUGCUUCAGCAGAAAGACCGCUAUAGUGACAUUCUCAUUAACUUGGACGAAGAAUCAGUCGUAAUCAACUCACAACCACUCAGAACCGCUCUUACUCUCACAGCUGCGGACCGAAGAUGGAUAGAUUACCUGACCCACGAAAUUAACGAGACAUGGGAUGAAGCCAAUCCCAACAGACCGAAGACUUUGAAGUACGUCGGCAGCGAGGAAUUUAUCAGGCUCCAGUUCGAAGAGUACAUUCUCGCCCUCAUCUCGUCCGUUAAAUACCACAACUACCUCAAUGCAAACCCAAAUAACCCCAAAGCUAUGCUUCCCGAGGUCGAGGGUGACCCCGUUGCAGACUUUGGCUACGAGUGGGUAGAAGCUUGGAAACGCACAGAGAAUUAUCGCAUGUGGAACGCAAACACCGACUCUCACCUGUUUGACAUUGUCGACCCUCGACAUCCCUGCGCAGGCGGCCUCAACAUCGAGGAUGUUCAACGUCGAAUCGCAGAGCAAGUAAAAGAGCUGCACUUAGACGAGCGUUUUGCGCAAGGGCGCGAAGUCCUUGGCAGGAAUCUCGCUGCUGGUCGGGAGAAGGCCUCAUUUGUGCUCAACAAGCUUUAUGCUGACAUGGAAGCUCUACGAGAAGCCCAGAGACGCCGCGCCGAAGAAGCCCGAGCAGCGACUCUACAAGAUAAUCCUGACCAGCCUGCCGGAACCGACCCAUCAAAAGCUGGACAAAUUGGACAAUCGGCUGGCGCGCGAGCUGGCGCUUACAUCGGUAGCUGGGCAGCCUGGGCUGGCGAGAAGCGCCGAACAAGCGGCUGGGGAGCCAGUUGGGGUCGCAAAACAACGACUAAGCCGGAGAAAUCUGCUGAUGACUCUACAUCAAGCAGCCCGAUUGACAGAGAUUACCAGAUGAUCAGUGCCCCUGAAUCUAGAGGGGGGAGUUCAGAUGAUCAGGCCUCGCGAAAAGACAGAGGAGCAAGCUUUAGUGAGAGUAUACUCUCAGGGGUCAGUGAGUCCAACAGUCGACCAACUUCAGGGACCAAUAAGCCUUUACCUGGCCCACCAGUGCCCAAAAAGGAGGAUAAUGGUUUCCAAGCAGAGGGAGUCGUUGGCUCAAAGGACAGAGGGCUUGAGGUGAAUUCUCACCCUGAAGGUAACGGUGCAGCAGUGAAGGAUUGA